AAGUCAAUGGUUUGCUUGGUUGGAAAAGUUGAAAAGGAAUAAACAGAAACAUGAUUCUAGUUCGGACCGCUGCUGCGCCCUUCUCCACCUCCGUCUCCGUCUCUGUUACCGCCGUCAUCUCCCGAGUUACCUGGUCCCUUCUCCUGGCAACGUUCUUCUACUCAACAUGUGUCGCCUCGGCUAGCAUCAAUGUGGUCCGCCGCGACGGCAACGGCGACAAUGGCAUCAUCCCGGCCGGGCACACUCAAAGUCCGACCCUCCCUUUUACGAGCAACAGUAACAGCCUGGCAGGCCGACCCCAAAAGCGAAGCACCACAGAACACGUCAUCCUCUGUGACUGCCUCUCCGCCCAAGGGAUUCGCUCAUCACAAAUGGCCUACUACAGCGCCGAAGUCCACGGCUUACCGACAGGCGGCGUGGCGAGCGUGGAGACGAAAUUCAACACGACGGCAGCAUGGUACAACGAUACUACGUCGGCAACGUGGGCAGACACGGGCGUCACUUUCAAGGCGGUGAUUGGGUACCAUGUCGCUGAGAACGAUUACUUGGGCAAAGGGAAUAAUGGCUAUGGCGAUUUUACGUGUUGGCAGAGAGCGAAGACGGGGUUUUCGUAUGAUUUGAAUGGGGAUGGAAAUGUGUGUGCAAUGUUGAUUGAUUGUAAUAAGGAUACUGCUCCUUCAACCAAUCCGGCUUAUGUACCCUUGGGUUCAACCACUACCACAGGCACCCCCGCCACUUCUUCUUCUUCUUCUUCUCCUUCUUCCUCUUCCGACCCAGCAGCAUCGGCCCAAAAAGACAAAGUGAUCUCCAAUGGAGCAGUAAUCGGCAUUGCCGUAGGAAUCGUCGGGGCCUUCAUUUUCCUCGCCGGCGGAGCCAGUUUCCUCGUUGCCCGGCGACGACGACAAAUCAGAAAGCGACAGCAGGAACAAGAGCAACGACAGCGAAAGGAAGCGAGGACAGAGUCGACCAUUACCGACCCAAAUACCGUUUACGAACUGGAUGGGGGGUGGCAUCGACACGAGAUGGGUGACGAUACAGGGCACUACGAGAUCGACGGGCAGGUCCGGUGCGAGAUGGACGGGGUUGACGGGGAGAUCAAGGGGAAGAUGGAUGAUUUGUUUGCUGAGGCGGACGUGAAGGAGGUCAUUAUCUCGAAUGAGAAGGUCGAUUCAAAGAAAGCAAUAAUUGAUGAGGAGAUUGAUGAUAAGAAGAAGAAGAGGUAUGUUGGUGGUGUUAGUGAGAAAGAGAAGGAGGUGAGGAGGGAUAAGGAGGAGCGGGAGCGGGAACGAGAACAGCAAGAGCAAGAACAGAAGCAACAGCAGGAGGAACAAAAGAGAAACAGAGAUGCCGAACAGCUACCACCAGUUUCACUAUUAUCACCACUCUUACCGGCGUGGGCGGCCGGAGCAGGGACGUCUUGGACGGAAGAAGUAGGGCAAACGCCAUUUUGCUUGCCGGCCUUGAUGCCGGAGCCGGAGAAGUUCAUGGCGGAGGAUUUCCGAGCAUACAAGGAGAAGAACAACGACAACGACAAGGAUGAGACGAAUUUCAAGUUCCGGUUUGAGGAGGAAACGCAGAAGUACAUGAAGGUAGAGGUACCAUCACCAACAGGAGCCACAGGCAAUGGGGAGGAUGCCCAUGCCUCUGAGGAUGAUAGUAGCGGCGGUCAGGAGGGGAAGAAGGAGGAAGGUCUGCCGUAGGUCGCAUGGUAUUUACCUCUAGUAGCAUAGCAUAUCAGCGGAGUGGAGGAUCACCGCCUGCAUCGGCCGGGUGAGGCUCACGAUUUAUGAUGACAAUAUACCCAACUUGUGAACAUGUUCACCUUAUGGUGUUCUCUUAUGUUUGGGGACGACUGUCGCGUUUCAUUAUUCCUAUCGGAUAGCGACGUAAAAGACUCGCAUCAUUGA